GUAGAGCCAUGGUUCCACUGCCACCUGCAGAGCUGGCGUCCCGUCUUGGAACACGGGCUCAAGUUCUGGCUGCUCUGCUUCUGAUCCAGCUUCCUGCCUAUGCACCUAGGAAGGCAGCAGAAGAUGGCCCAAGUACUUGGAUCCCUGCCACCAAGGGAGACCCACGUGGAGUUACAGACUCCUGGCUUCAGCCUGGCCCAGCCCUGGCUAUUGUGAACAUUUGGGGAGUGAACCAGCAGAUGGAAGAUCUCUCUGUCUCUCCCUCUGCUUUUCAAAUAAGUAAAUAAGUUUUUUUUUUAAAAGAUAUAUCUGAUAGUUUUAGUAUCUGAAAAGACUUGAAAUUCAGCAAUAAGAAAAAUGGGCCAAAGACCUCACCAAAGAAGACACACAGAUGGCACAAAAGCACACUAUGUGCUCCCCAAUUGGAAAACUAAAGAGAAAGAUACUCUACCUUUAUAUUCAUCUGAGGAAUGCAGAUUAAAACCAUGAGCUGUUGUGGUACUCCUGUUACAAUGGCCAGGUCGAGAACACUGACAAGACCAAAUGUUGAUGAGUAAUGGGAGCUGUCAUUGCUGGUGGGAGUGCAAAGUGACACAGCCGCUCUGGAACAGUCUGGUGGUAUCUGAACCUCAGAUACCACCUGUGCACUGUGGGCAUCGGACUUCCAUGCCUGGCGGGGUCAAGGGGUGGGAGGGGCCCGGCCAGGGCCGGGCAGUGACCUCACAAGGCCGCGGAAGGCAGGGCAGCUGUGGAACUCUGUGGUCUCAGGCUGUUUCUGGAGGAUCUGCGGGCCCUGGAUUUCCAUCUCGAUGGGGCCGCAGGCCCACCCCUGAGCACCCAGGGCUCAACAUGGCUGAGGGGAGCGAGCUGAUGAGCAGGCUCAUGAGCGAGAACGCAGACCUGAAGAAGCAGGUGCGCCUCCUGAAGGAGAACCAGAUGCUGAAGAGGCUGCUGAGCGAGAGCUGCCAGGAGACCUGCGGCCGCGGGGGCCGGGACCUCCUCUUCCCCAAGGCCUCCGCCUACCCCGAAGCCUGCUCCCCCGUGAGCGGAGAGAUCCAGAGCUUCGCGGGCGCCGAGAAGGACGGCCGCAUCGUCGGGGAGAUCGCCUUCCAGCUGGACCGGCGCAUCCUGGCCUACGUGUUCCCGGGCGUGACGCGGCUGUACGGCUUCACGGUCUCCAACAUCCCCGAGAAGAUCAAGCAGACCUCGGUCAAGUCUCUGGACGGCUCGGUGGACCAGAAGAAGCUGCGCGAGCUGACGCAGCGCUACCUGACGCUCACGGCGCGGCUGGAGCGGCUGGGCUACAACCGCGACGUGCACCCGGUGUUCAGCGAGUUCCUCAUCAACACCUACGGCAUCCUGAAGCAGCGGCCCGACCUGCGCGCCAACCCGCUGCACAGCAGCCCGGCCGCGCUGCGCAAGCUGCUCAUCGACGUGGUGCCGCCCAAGUUCCUGGGCGACUCGCUGCUGCUGCUCAACUGCCUGUGCGAGCUGUCCAAGGCCGACAGCAAGCCGCUCUUCGCCUGGUGAGCGCCGCCGCCGCCGCCCGCACCGCGCUCGCGCCCCACGGGGCCGCCGCCGCCCGCGCCCCGCGCGCCCGCGCG